AUGGCAGUACAUGUGAUCCAUAUUUACUUGACUAACUCGGAUGGUGACUUUGCGAUGAAGAAAUUGGAGAAAGAUCUCAAAGCAUUGCCAAUAAAGUUAAACUCCGUCAAUAUGAGGCUACAUUCAAAUAUUCUUUGCAUCACUGCCAUCUCACCUUCAUUAAAUGAAGAUGUUAUCAGAUCAGUUCUUCAAAGAUUUGGGGAGUUAAUAAUUCCAUUCAAGCUUGUCAGGAGUUGCAGAACAAAUGAAAGUAAAGGUUUUGGUUGGUUGGUGUUUAAGGAUAUCAAAAGUGCUGAAAAGUGCAUGUUGAUGAUUUCGAAAUUAAAUCUUCAAGCUCGUCCUUUGUAUGCUGGUUGGGCUGGAAAUAAAAUAACGUGUGAAGAAGAUUUAUCAUCUGCUCGUACGAUUUAUGUAGAGGGGCUGCCACAAUCUAUUAAAACUCCAACGGAACUUGGAAUGUAUUUGAGUAAAAAUGAUGACAUAUCUUUUUGUCAGUUUAUACCAAAAAAAGGUUCGCAGCCACGUUAUGCCGUCGUGGAAUUCAAAAGUUUCGAAGCAGCUGAAAAAUGUGUGAUGGAAAAUAAUGGUGUGGCAGUUAUUGAUGGAUUUUUAUAUUUAACUUAUGCAAUACCUGGUUAUUCUGGAGAUGAUUUUGUUUUAAAAAGGCCUGAACAUAUGAAAAGAUCUCAGAUAAAACACGGAAUCCGUCAUACAAAUGAGCAAAUAUCAUCAUGUACAACAGUUCCAGAAAUGGUUCCUCCUCAGUUGAUUGGUAUGCGAAAUUUUGCUUACGUACAAGGUGGAAUUCAUUCUUGUAAUCAUCAACAUUAUGUGGAGUCUCAGGGGCAACCUAUAAAAGAUGAUGUUACCAUUGAAGAUGUAUCAUCACUUUCACGUACUUAUACUAAACGUUUUCCAAAUAAAGAUAACCUUUCAAUGGAUGUAGGUCAGGUUGAAUGCAUUGAAGGAAAAAGACAAAAUAACUUUGAUAUGACGUCAAAGAACUCACGAAAUCUUCCCGUUGAGAAAAUGACGUCUCAACAAUCUACGUUAGUUGAAACUCAAAAGGUGGAAGAGCAUCAAGUGGAGGAUACUACACAAGAAAUUCAUUUAUGCAAUGAAAGAAGUGAUAUUUCCUCGACCGAUUUACUGGAACCAUUAACAUCAAAUGUUCAACAUGCGAAUGACAGGAAAGGUCAUCCGAUUGAAUCAAUGCACAAUCUCGAAAAACACGAUCUGAAAUCUAAUAAUGAUGGCUAUUGUCGACCAGCGGAAGUGAAACAACAUAUCAACCAGCAACAUCUCAAUCAGAAAAACCAAAAACAAAAUCAGCAGCAAAGAUCUCAAAAGCAGCAAAACCAAAAUUCAAAGAUGCCUCAUGAAUUGACAGAGGGACGUGUGAACGAGCGUGUUUGUUUGAAUGCUCAGUUGUCCAAUUUAAAUAAAAUCGCCGAGAGAAUGAAUUACCACAGAGAGAAUAUAAUUUCAUCUGACGAGAAGGAAAGAUGUGCUGUAACCAACCUUGAGAAUCUGAAAGAAAAUUCUAUCUGUGAUCUCCAUUUGCAGAAAGAAAAUAUUUCCGAACAUGAAAAAGUUUUUUCUUCACAAAACGAUCUUCGUGAUGCAUCGCAGUUCAAGGAUAAACAAGCAAAAAGCGAUGCUGAUUAUGACGAAUCAAAUUUCUCUAAUAAAAAGUCCGAUUAUCCAAGAUUUUCAAAAAAUUAUAUGCCGCAAGAUGAAUCUUUAAAAGCUGAAGAAGAAACUGCUCAGAAAGAAGAUUUGAUCCUUCCAAAAGAAAAGCUGUUUCGUCUUCAACAGAAAAUAAAGAAACAAGCGGAUGUGUUGGAAAUUUUGAUGAAUAAUUCACCAAGAAAUGACCUGAAAAGAGAAAGUGACAGCACCGUAACAGGAAGUAAAUUAAAGAAACCGUGCAAUUUAAUCAAUAAAAGCUCUUCAAAACCAAAAAAGAAAAGACGAGUUUGCCAAGAAACAAGUGUUAGCUUAGCUGGAAAAGAAAUCCAACUAUUAAAGAAAAGCCAUGCCACUAGUAGUCUCUCGACAAAUGAAAAGACUACAUUUAACGUUAAAGAAAAAGGGAAAAGGGAAUCAUUAUCUCCCCCACAACCUCAAAAAAUAAGGUUGGCUAGAAAACCGAACAGGCAUGAUGAUAUAGAGAUAAAGGAAAAACGACCACGAUUAGAAAAAAAUUGUUCGUUCUCCCAAGACAAUAUGACACCCGAUAAUGUAGUUCUAGAAAAUACAGUCAAUACCGAAGUUUCAACAUCCAAAAAUUGUUCUUCGAAGCUAGAUCUAAAACAAAGCAGCAACUUAAGCAAUGAAAAUGAAACUGAUGGCUAUAAAGUCGAAUGUUCUAUGUCUUUUUCGUGUCGUGAAGAGUCACCCAAAAAGGAAACUGAAUUGCCUACACUUGUUGAUAAGUUUUCUUUUAAGAUGAUUGAAAUUCAUCAGAAUGAUGAACAAGAGGUUCCUGAAGAAAUAAAGAAUGAUGUUGCACAGACGAUAGAUUCUAUUAGUAAGGUGAUGCCAAUGUCAUCAGCAGUAGCUGGUGCAACAUCGAAAAUCAAGACAUGUGAAAAAGAAGAAAAACAGAGUAACAAACAAUGA